UCCCCCCCUAACCUAAUCUAGCCGCCCCUCUCGUCGUCGUCUCUCUGACUCACAGUCCCACUAUAGCAUCACCAUCAGAGAAAGACGCAGGCAAACCCUCAACCUCCAAUCGUCGGCGUCGCUCACUGUCAGGGAGCGAGUGUUAGAUCUUCAUUCUUCGAGGCAUCCCUCUCUGUCCCUCCGACCUCCAGCCACUGUCAGAAUUCACAGCCUCCGACCUCCAGCCAAGCGCCUCACCACCAAUACUCCAGCGCCACUUCCAGCUCCGUUGCCCGCUUCUCCGCAGACCUCCGACCUCCAGUCAACUCAUCAGUCACUUGCUUCGGAAUGGUGGGACUAUCUCUUGGAGAAAAGUACUUCAUAGAGGGUGGCAUUGCUCAAGACCUUCGUGCUGAUGGUCGAAAGAGAUUAACUUACCGUCCUAUUUGUGUUGAAACUGGAUUUAUACCCCAGGCAAAUGGUUCAGCAAGAUUCAGGAUGGGGGCAACAGAUGUUAUUUCCAGUGUGAAGGCUGAACUUGGAAAGCCGAGUUCUUUGCAACCUGACAAAGGAAAGGUCACCAUAUAUGUUGAUUGUAGUCCAACCGCAGAACCAAUGUUUGAGGGUAGAGGGGGUGAUGAGUUGUCAAUGGAACUCUCAGUUGCUCUUCAGCGUAGUCUCUUGGGUGGUAAAAGUGGAGCUGGGGCUGGAAUUGAUCUCUCAUCUCUAAUAGUAGUGGAAGGAAAAAUUUGCUGGGAUCUUUACAUUGAUUGCCUUGUUGUUAGUUCAGACGGGAAUCUGCUAGAUGCCCUAGGUGCUGCAAUUAAGGCUGCUUUGAGCAAUACAGGCAUUCCAAGGGUUAAUGUUGCAGCUGGUGCGUCAGGCGAUGAGCAACCAGAGGUUGACAUUAGUGACGAAGAAUUUCUGCAGUUUGACACAUCCGACAUCCCUGUUAUAGUUACAUUAACAAAGGUGGGUAGGCACUAUAUUGUAGAUGCCACUUCAGAAGAGGAAUCCCAAAUGAACUCCGCCGUCUCUAUUUCUGUCAACAGGAAAGGACACAUUUGUGGGCUGACUAAACGAGGUGGUGCAGGCUUAGAUCCUAGCAUCAUUCUCGACAUGAUAUCUGUGGCAAAACAUGUGAGUGAGCAGCUAAUGAACAAAUUAGAUUCUGAGAUUGCUGCAGCUGAAGCUGAUGAAGACGAAUCAUGACAUUGUCAGCCCCUCUGACUGUUUUUAUCUAGUGGUAGUUUUGAUAACUUACAUAGGUGAUGAAAGGUAGAAUGACAUGUUGUACAAUUUCCAUGUAUUUUUAAAAAUAGCGAAUUUCACAGAGCUGAGUCUGCUUAAUUAUCAGCUGACAGCUUAUGUUUUGAAUGGAAUUAGGCAGGCUUUUACUGCAUCA